AUUUUCAUCAUCUUGUCUGCGUACUCUCUGGCACUAUGAAAAUGCACACGCGUAAAGAAGAAGCCCGCUGAGGACGAAUUUAUUUGGAAACAAACUUUUGGAAUUUCAUGCAAUUUUGGGACCGCUGCCAAUUCUUAACUUAAUCUUGUCCGUAGGCUGUCAGUUGUCUUAACACUUCAACAUCAGACAGAAUGUACUGCCACAACCUGGUCCUUUUUGUAUUUUUGUAUUCCCUCACGCUACUGAUGAUGAUGUGCCUGCCACCAGCCUCAGCGCAGAAGUCGAAUGGUCCUCGGUGGCUUAUAGGGGACAGAGAGAGCCCAUGUUCCCCUCCGUGCUCCAGGAGUCACGGCAAGCCUGUGUGUGGGUCAGACGGACGCAGUUAUGAUACCAACUGUGACCUGGAGAGGGCGAAAUGCAAGGACCACACACUCACCCUCGCCCACAGGGGCAGAUGCAAAGGUAAAAACUGGAUGAGGAUAGAUCAGCCUCUUCCUGCGCCCACACUUGUUUCAGAGGUCAAAGAGCUGACAGAAGCGGCCCAGACGAAAUGCCGGACUGAGAGGAUUCAGGCUCUGGAACAGGCCAAGAGGCCACAGGAAUCCAUUUUUAUCCCAGAAUGCAAUGACGAUGGAACAUUUGCCCAGGUCCAAUGUCACACCCUCACAGGAUACUGCUGGUGCGUGACGACAGAUGGCAAGCCAGUCAGUGGCUCUUCUGUCCAGAACAAAACGCCAGUGUGUUCAGGAAACUUCCGUGAAUUUAUGGGAACUCGUGCUGGGACAAGUGGAUUGUCAGGGUCAGUAACCGAUAAGCCACCAGGACCUCCUAGCUCUGGCAGAAAAGAUCUUGUGUCACCUCUUCUGCACUGGGCUGCACUCAAGACAAAGUGCGUGUGCAACAGAUGUUUAUGUGACCGGCGGGUGGACGGUGGUUGUGUGCCACUGUAUCACUGUGGCUUUAGCCCCUCGACUACCAGGGCCUACAAUGCUGUGAGCCACAAGGAAAUCAGCCAGAAUGCAAUAGAACAUAAGUGGAUGAUGGUUCCAAGCCCACACCAACCAUGGAGACACAUGUUGUCCCAGAAGGUGAGGAGAUUACAGCUCCGACGUUGUGGAUUAAGCAGCUGGUGUACAAAGAGAACAAACAGAACAGUUCAAACAGUAGGAAGUCAGAAAGUUCCCUCUUGUGACCAGGAGAGGCAGACCGCUCAAGAUGAGGCUCGGCAGAACCUGCGGGAAGCCAUCUUCAUCCCUGACUGUGGCCUGCAGGGCCUCUACAAGCCGGUCCAGUGCCACCAGUCCACUGGUUACUGCUGGUGUGUGCUGGUGGACACUGGGAGACCCAUACCUGGAACCUCUGCAAGGUAUAAGAAACCAGAAUGUGACAGUGCGGCUCGUUCUCGAGACUCAGAAAUGGAAGAUCCUUUUAGAGACAGAGAUCUGACAGGAUGUCCAGAGGGAAAGAAAGUGGAAUUCAUAACCAGCCUGUUGGAUGCCCUUACUACUGACAUGGUGCAGGCUAUCAACUCACCAACCCCCUCUGGUGGUGGGAGGUUUGUUGAGCCUGACCCAAGCCACACACUGGAGGAACGGGUGGUUCAUUGGUACUUUGCCCAGCUGGAUAAUAACGGCAGUCACAAUAUCAACAAGAAGGAGAUGAAGCCCUUCAAGCGCUAUGUGAAGAAGAAAGCCAAACCUAAACGAUGCGCCCGCAAGUUCACCGACUACUGCGACCUUAACAAGGACAAGACCAUCUCCCUUCAAGAACUCAAAGGAUGCCUAGGAGUCAAUAAAGAGGGUAGCACUACAAGCAGCAGUCAGGGGACAAGUAGGUCGUCUGGUCUGAAGAUGGAAAGUUCCAGAAGAUGAGGCAGUAGCACAAAGCACAGUGGGAAGGCAUCUGUUCACUGCUGGAAGAGUACAACAAAGGAUUCUGAGAAAUUAUAAAGAGGUUCCUUAAGAAAAAAAAAAAAGAUGAAAAUGAUGUCAUGGAGCCAAAAUAUUUGCACUUUCUCCUCCCAUUUUUAGACAUUUUAUUAUGUCCUUUGUUUGUGUUGUAAACGUCUUAUUAAUAUGACUAUACUAUGUCCUAUAAUAUGAGAACACAGACUGUAAGUGUGAACGAUUACAUGCUUCCUUCCACAUUUUUAGCACAUCCACGCUCAAUCCAGACAGUAUUAUAGUUGUGUUUGAAUGAGACAUUUUUGAAUGUCAUUUUAAAAAAACAAGCAUUCUGUUUUGAAAUUAGCUUGUCUUUAAAUGCCUCUUCUUCGGUUUGCUUUUGUUUUUGAUAAUGUCCACUCAACCAGUAUGUUUGCUCAUUUGUUCACCUUGGCAACGGAUCUAAUGGAGCAUUGAUAGUGAAAAAGAAAUGGAGUGAAAUCAUUUCUGUCAACAAACAUUAGCUACGGUCUCUCAGACCUGCACCUAAGGACACUAGUAAUGCACACAUAACCAUCGCCUGAGAAUUAGCAGUAAGUUCCACAUGGUUUGUUCAGCAGUCAGAGGUCAAAAACACUAUCACGCAAAAUUAGUAUGGUAAAUGUCACGAAACACUUAGCUUUACUAUCUUCAAGUGGAUUGUUCAGUAAGUACAUGGUGUGUCUCACAUAGUGUUCUGUUGUUGUUGUUGCUGUUGUUUUCUCGUAAUGCCUUUAUCAAAUCUUGAACCUUCAAAUGACAAAUAGUACAGUAAGAAUGGGUGUUGUAAGUGCUGUAGACUGAUGUGUGCACAGAACUAAUCUAAUUUAGAAGUGCUUUUCAUAAGAAAUACUUCUUUCCAUACAUCAAUUAUUCCCGAGCUGGGUAUUUGCAUACACUUUUUGGACAUGUACUAUGGUAUUCUUUGAGGUACCUGGGAGUGACAUGUAGAUAGCAUGGUAAUCAUUCAGUGCCACUGUAUUUUACCAUGGUAUUACCAAAAUUAUGUUGUUUUUUUUUUUUUUGUAGGAUUCAAUUUUCUUCUCUGGGUAGAAAAGGAUUGUAUAAAUCAGAAGGUUUGUGUAGGUCUUACAAUAAUUCAGUGUAAAAAAAAAAAUAAAUUGUUUUCUCUGAGCUCAUGUCCUGUCUGGUGUGAUUUAUUGUUAAGCAUCUGUGUUAGCUGGAGUGUGUUCAAUAGCAAUGAUUUGUUUCUCCGCCAAGGUAAUCAACUAUAGUUAUGUUGCAGGAAUGACUAUGAGAAAUGGGUAAUUGAUUUAAAUUUAUUGAUUGUUUUAAAAUUGUAAUUAAAGUUAACUUCUGUGUCAUCAUUGACUGGGCUUUGAUAAUGGUAAUUUCUUGUUGAUUCCAAAAGCGAAACUUCCAAACUCUUGCAAGAAAACAAGAAAAUUAGAGAUAUAAACAUAUUUAACCCUUAUUUUGAUGACUAUACAUUUCCUCUUUAGGAAAGAUUUGUUUUGUGGCUCUUUAUGUUUGUUUGUAUGUGUAACACCCCCAUGUAUGUAUAUGUGUGAGUGUUUUAUCUUUCUGCGUGUGUGUUUUUGCUUUUCGACAUGUACUUGGAAGUCAUUACUUUGGCUUAAAAAUUUAAUUAGUCAAGUUGUAAAUAUUUAUCAUAUGUGCUUUUUUGUUUUGUUUGUUUUUUCUUCAAUUCACUCUUAAAACUUCAAUUAGAUUAUAUCGUAGAUUAAAUUGUUAGUAGGCAGUACAAAUCAUAAAAAAAAAAUUUUUCUUUUUUUUUUUCUGUUCAUCACAAUGUAAAAAUGAGAGUCAGUGACAAUACACAAAAGAAAAAAAAAUCUGUCUACUUGUUUUUCUAACAUUUUCUGAUUAUCUGCAUCAUCAUAAUGUAGAAAUGGCAGCGAGUGACAAUACACACAUGCAAAAUC